UUUUUUUUUUGAGAUUUUUCUCAAAUCCCUCUGUGUGUGUGUGUGUGUGUACGCGCCGAGCCGAGGCGUCAUGGAGGAGGCAGGUCCACCAGAGGGACUGGCCCCACCCGAUUUCAUCGCUGGGGAGCUGGAUGAGCGACAGGUCUUGUGGUCUGGGUUCCUGACCAAGCGGGGACGCUUUCGCAAGAACUGGAAGCGUCGCUAUUUUGAGCUCUAUGAUAACCAUGAGCUGGCAUAUUUCAAGGGGGCGGAUGUCUCCAAACCGGCUGGCAAGGUAGACCUGCGCAAGUGCACGGUGGUCAAGCCCGGUGGUGAUUGUCCCGUCACCUUUUCCGAAUUUGCCGACCCCAACUGCUGCUUUGGCAUCAUGACCCGCGACCGCCAGCUGUACCUAUAUGCGGAAACAGUCGAGGAAACCCGCAGCUGGCUGCAGAAUAUAGCCCGCCUCACACCCGAAAACGUACUCGUGGCCACGCCUGGUAGCAUCGCGGCUUCAUGGAAGACGGCACGCCCCGUGGGCUCCAUUCGAAAGUCGAUGCGCCGCCCUCGGCGGCCGGAGACUGAGCUAGACGAUGGCCACUACGACAUUCGAAUCACGGUGUAUCGCAACGGUGACCGCGACUCGGGCCGAGUCUUGUCCUUGCCCACCUCGAUGGAUCUUUUGCUCUCCAAGUGCGCUGUCACGUAUGGCGUAGCCAUUGCCCGGGUCGUGGACUUUGAGGGCCGUGAGGUCGAGCAGAUGCGUGCCAUCAAGGACGACGCCGUGCUCAUCGCCCUCAAGCCUGGCGAUCCCCCCGUGAUUGAAGAUACACUCCCUCCAGCUGCCUUGCACUUUCUUCGCCAGCAAUCCGACGCCAGCGGAUCCGCAAGCGCCACGAGCAAUCCCAAUGCCAAAUCCAAUGAGGCAGGGCCUCGAAAGAAUGCACCAAAAAACGAUACCCACGGUGAUAGCAGCAGCGACAGUAGUGAGGACGAGGAUGUCUCAGACGUGCUGGAACGUCUCAACACGCAAGUCUUCCGUGGGGGUGCACCGCGGCCCGGCGCUGGUGGAACCAAAUCGGCCGGACCUCGCGCAGCCAAGGGCUCCGAUGCCCACCCAGUUUCAUCAGGCCCAGCCCUUGUGAUGGAGGAGCGUCCAGCGCCAGCCCCUGACUCGGACACCGAGCUGACGCCCGAUGCCGGAUACACGGCGCCGACCAUGCGACCUCCCACAAACGCUCAGCAAGACGAAGGUGAUGAUGACAUGUACAGCAGCGAUGAGGAAACGCAGGGUCCAGCUGUCAGCUACUCGGUGCCGCAUCGAGCGCGUCCCGCGCCGACCGGGCCAGCCGAGUAUGACGUUGUCAAGUCUGACUAGCCAGGCUAAUGUUGAAAUCAUGCUUCUUGUGAGCGGAGCCUGGGCAAACCCUAUUUUUCAUUUCCCUCCUCUGUCUGUUUUGCUCUUUGUUUUUUUUUUUUUUCUUUUUUUUUUCCGCCGCCUACCGACUCAUCUUUCAAUAAUCAAAACCAUAAACGCA